AUGCUAUUCGCUGUUCAACAGACAUUAUGACCAGAGUACACCACACACACCCCCAGCAUGGGGCUCAUCGCCAAGCGGUGCUCGAGCAGCCGCGCGCAGCUCUGAGAAAGAAGAAGCCGUACAAGAUUGUGCUUGAAGCCGUCACGCAGGAAAAGAAGAAACUGCACUCGAUCAUUUCAUACGCGUCGAAUGCUCCCUCCGGAUUCGGAUUUGUUCCUGCUGGACACCCAGAAAUUACCGAAUGGUGCAAAGAGCAGUGUCGACAACGGAACCUUGACGUCCAUGUUGUCUCGGCAAAGCCAAGGAACAACAUGCACACUGAUCCCCAGAAGCUCGCACACCACGUCCACCGAGUCGGACACCAUUUUCCACUCGAGAUAGUAAACCUGGCCUGCGCCAAGUUCGGCUACACCUACGACGAUGUACACGGCCUUCGAAAGGACAAGGCCAGUGACAGAGGGGGCUGGAUUGCUCGACAUGUUGAAAACUACUCGUCGCGACAGGCCCUUCACGGACGUCCUACGACUGAGACGGAGACUAAGAACCACAUACAAGGUGCUGUACGGGAACUGUUCCCCAAGAUCCCUGAAGCAGAUCUAUCGGCCAUUGUCAACCACGCAUUCAAAGAGGGAACGGACAGAGUAGGUAAUGCAAAGGAGCUUCCGCUCGCUCGUCGAGUGCAGCUUGCUGUUGUUGCUCAUAUCCGUCACAUGUACACAAACUACGACAACAUCCUCAAGACCGACGGCUGGAAGGAAGCCAGACAACAGGUAGAGAGUCACUCGCUUGCAAAAAUCAAGGAGUGGCGAGACGAGACAGGCGAGCACAGUAACGAGCUCGAGGAGACUUUCCGCGAGGUCAUUGUUCUCGACGACGAUGAAGAGUCUAGUGAUGAUGACAGUGCAAUGUUUGACGAACGCGAACCAAGCAUGGAGAUCGUGUCGAGUCGA